CACCCACCCAUUCACUCAUUCACAGAGACGACACCCCUCUUAUACCCUUCCAAACUCCCCAAUUUUAACAUCUGAACCACUGUUUCCCACUCUCUUAAUAAAACCCACUGUUAAAAAAAUUACAAAUCUUAUUACCUCUUCAAAACUAUUAUUUACACACACUCUCUCUCUGGGAAUUACAUAGAAGAAAAAAAUACUGAAACUUUAAGCUCUUAAAAAUGGGUUCGUACAAAAAGUUGCAGCCUUUCCCACAGCCGUCUUUACCAUUAUUCUUAUUCUCAUUAUUACCAUGCACAAAGGUUAUUAUUAUGGUUACUGUGUUUCUCAAUCUUUCUUCAUCUUCUAAUAAUAAUAAUAAUAAUAAUAAUAAUGUUUCCCUUUUUACUUUCAUUUUUCAUUUUAAUCUCUUCUUCUUACCUACCAAUGCUGCAAAUUUUGCAUUCAUUUUCUUUCUUGUACAACCCUCCCUUUCUUUUUUCAGCUUCUGGUUAAUCGUUUAAGCUCUGGGUCGUAAUUAUCCUUGUCAGACACGUUUAAUUACUGCCUCUGCCACUGUCAUUCACAGUUCACACUCCAAAAAAAAAAAAACCCACUUUCUUUCUCACACCUAACAUUUACUUGCCGUUUCUUCUUUGUCUCUUUAUUAAAGACUGUUUUGGGGUUUCCUUUGUUUACUUACUAUUUCUGGUUACUGCACUGCUUCUUGCUUUUGUGGAAGGAAAGUGCUGAUUUUGUGUUAAAAAAAAAACAAAGUCCUUUUUUUUCAUUUUCCGGCUGUGACCGGAGACAUUGAUGGCUGCCAGGUCCGGUGGUUCUUCUUCUUCGUCGGUCCCGACUCUGCCUCCACCAUGUCCGAGAUCCCCACCGGAGUAUCCUGAUUUGUAUGGGAAACGAAGGGAAGCAGCUAAGACUCAGAUGCUUGAAAGAGAAAUUAGUUUCCUUGAGGAAGAGUUAAAAUCGGUAGAGGGUCUUCAACCGGCUUCGAGAUUCUGCAAAGAGGUUACAGAUUUUGUGAUGGCCAACUCUGAUCCUUUAAUACCUACAAGCCGGAAGAAUCGGAAGUCACGUCGAUUCUGGAAGUGGCUUUGUGGGAUUCCUUGCUUUAACUUAUCGUGGAUCUGUUGUUGCUGUUAUUCGGCGUGCUCUUGCCACCUGAAAUGCCUUCAGUGUUCAGGCCUGCAGUGUUGUGAUUGUGAUUUAUGUAACUGCAGCUCAUGCAUUUGCAGCUUAUGUAAAUGCAGGUGCUGCAGUUGCGGCUCAUCGGAACACAGUUCGUGCAAAUGCAGCUCGUGUGACCUGCCUUCAUGUAAAUGCAGCUCGUGCAAUUGCACUUCAUGUAAAUGCAGCUCAUGCAACUGCAAUCCGUGUAAAUGCAGCUCGUGCGACUGCAAUCCGUGUAAAUGCAGCUCGUGCAACUGCAAUCCGUGUAAAUGCAGCUCAUGUGACUGUAGUUCAUGUAAAUGCAGCAGUUUAUGUGACUGCAGUUCAUGUAAAUGCAGCAGUUUAUGCGACUGCAGUUCUUGUAAAUGCAGCUCAUGCAACUGCAGUUCAUGUAAAUGCAGCAGUUUAUGCGACUGCAGUUCAUGUAAAUGCAGCUCGUGUGACUGCAAAUCAUGUUUAAGCUGCUGCACGAUCCCUAAAUGGCGAUGUAAAUGCAGCUCAUGCAACCCGUGUCACUGCAAUCCAUGUUUAAGCUGCUGCUCAAUUCUGAAAUGGCGGUGUUGCUCGUUUCCUAAAUCCGGUUGCUGCAAAAAGAUCUCGUGUAGCCGGAACUGUUGCAUUUUUCAAUUCCCCUCGUGCACAGGUUGCUUUUGCUGCAAAUGGAAAUGUUCAUGUCCAAAAGUAACCCGUUGCUGCAGUUAUACAAAAACCAGUUGUAAUCCUUGCUGCCUAUUUUUCUAAUAUAUUUCUGCAUUUUAUAAUUCAUCUACAAA